CAUCAGUAAAUGUGAUCCGCUGUUUGACAUGUGCUAGCCAACAUUUAGAAUAAAAGAUCACUGAGAAAGGGUUCUACCAUACACCACCCCACAUAAGUAAAUACUAGUUCAACGGGUAACGAGUCUCUCUCUCCCCCCCUCUAUCUUCCCCCAUCUCUUUCUUUUCCUAAUUCUUCUUACCUUCCCUACUUUCCCCUUACCUUUCGUUUAACCUGCCAUGAAUCCUGAGCUUGAAUCAAAUAUCAGAUUCUUUGAACAUGAUAGACCGUGAGAUUCUCCCUGCCUGCCCAUUGUUCCAAACUAACAAAUCUCCUAGUCCAAAUACGCCCAGACUAUCUAUGGAGGUUGAGCCUACUAGUUCAGUCAUAUCACUAGAUAAACCGAGAGGGUUUAUUAUCACUAUCCGUCGAGCAGAAGAUGACUGUGACAAGCCUUGUAUCUUCCGCUGGAAUGUCGUGCGUGAUGGAUGGGGUCCUUCUGGCUUCAUGCUCUUUCAACACACGCCAGACGGUCUGAAAAUGGUUGAGGGAACGCCCAAAUCGCCACCUCCCCAGACCUUCAAGCUUACAGGAUACGAAGUUGAGACGGAAGAACUCCUGCCUGGCCAAACUCUCCGAAGAAACAUAGGCCACCCGUGUCCCUUCUGGGACCACGUGGUCGCUGGUGAGAGGUAUGAGCUAUUCUGGCCGGGAGCUGAAUAUGCCUUGUGGGCUUGGGGCACCUUACGUGAGCAUUGGGAUCAAGAAAUUGGGGUUAACUCGGGACUACCCCCUGUUGUCAUCCCGGGGGGAGCCUGCUGUUCUUUUACCUGCGUAGAGGUGGAAGAACGUUCGGACUUUGAACCCGACGAUCCUCGGGUGGAGAAAUCGGAACGAAUGUGAGAAACCCUCCAAGGUAAUUUUCGUCUUUCCCGUGACUGAUACUCUUUUACAGCCCUGGAACCCCUUGUAUAAGUGUAUCUCUGGAAGGCCCAUCGAAGAUUUCUAAAACGGAAAAGAUCCGUAUUACAGUGAAGACCACAUAUGAUGGUCUGACAAACGAGGAUCACGA